UGUAUCCCGAACGUACGGUUGUGUCCUUGGUUACAGUUCACUGGUAGCAAUGAAGUGAUACGAACGUGCAAAUAGAAUUUUUGUUGCAAACCAACAUUUCGCUAAGAGAGGCACCAUGACGUCAAUCCCAACAGAAACGUUAUUCGAGUACAUCAUAGUUGAGUACAGAUGGAUCAUUGUGAUACUGGCACUUCUGCCGAUGUCGGCUGCGUGGAAGCUGUGGUCCAUCAUCAGGAACUACGUGGUGUUCAAGAUGAACAGCGCGCCCAAAAUGCACGACCAGAAAGUCAAGGAUGUGCAAAGACAGGUGAAGGCAUGGUUAUCCGGUGACCGUUCGACGCGGCUAUGCACCGCUCGUCCUACUUGGCAGACGAUGUCUUUCCGCCACGGCCUCUACAAGAAGACCUUCACCAACAUCAAAGUCAAUUUGGUUGAUGUUUUGGAGGUGGACACCGAAAACAUGACAGUGCGUUGCGAGCCUUUGGUAACAAUGGGCCAGCUGUCCAGAACUCUACAGCCUCUUGGCUUAGCUUUAGCCGUGGUGCCAGAGUUGGACCAGUUGACAGUCGGCGGGUUGGUGAUGGGCACGGGUGUGGAGACCUCGUCGCAUCGCUUCGGGCUAUUCCAGCACAUCUGCUUGCAGUAUGAGCUGGUGCUUGCUGAUGGAUCCGUUGUUACCUGUAGCAAGGAUGAGAACCCUGAUUUGUUUUACACGGUGCCCUGGUCUUACGGCACUCUCGGCUUUUUAACUUCAGUCGUCAUCAAACUUGUGCCAGCUAAGAAAUUCGUUCGUGUACAAUACCACCCGUACCACAGCCUUUCGGAUUUGGUGAAACGUUUUACCCAAGAGUCGGUGAAACCAAACCCUCAUCAGUUCGUGGAAGCAGUUGUGUUCACCAAGGACUCUGGAGUUGUCAUGUUGGGAGAUAUGGUCGAUGAAGUCGGCAGAGAUGGAAAGAUGAAUCCCAUUGGCAAAUGGUACGCGGAAUGGUUCUUCAAGCAAGUCGAAAAGUAUCUAAAACGUAAAAGGUCCGUUGUCGAGUACAUUCCGCUUCGUGAUUACUACCACAGACAUACUCGGAGCUUGUUUUGGGAGCUGCAGGACAUAAUUUCCUUCGGCAACAACUUCAUUUUCCGUUAUCUAUUCGGGUGGCUGAUGCCUCCAGAAGUGUCUCUACUGAAGCUCACGCAACCAGACGCGAUAGCCAAGCUGUACGAACGGGCGCACGUCAUCCAAGACAUGCUCUUGCCGAUAGAACAUCUAGAAGCUUCUAUCAACUGCUUCCAUGAUGAGUUUGAGGUGUAUCCCAUUUGGUUAUGUCCAUUCAAAGUGUUCAACAAUCCGGGACAGCUGAAGAUCAAAUCGAAUGUGGACUCGGAAAUGUUUGUUGAUGUGGGUGUCUAUGGAGUUCCUAAGGCUAAGGGAUUUGAGACUAUAAAAUCAACCCGCAACGUAGAAAACUUCGUGAUGGAACAUCAAGGCUUCCAAAUGCUGUACGCCGAUACAUACACGAGUUUAGAAGAGUUUAGGAAAAUGUUCGAUCAUACUCUAUACGAUAAAGUUAGGAAUUCCUUGCCCUAUUGUAAAGAAGCGUUCCCUGAGAUUUAUGGAAAAGUCAACAAGACCGUUAGAAAAUAAAAUUAUUGGCAAAUCUUUUUGUUAAUUAUGAUUUUAAUAUAAUUGGGUAAUAUGUUUAUUAAAUACCUAACAAAGAA